AUGGUGCCGAUUGAUUAUGAUGUAGGUGGUGGUGCUACUGCUUCUGAGGCUGCUUCUAAUGAUGAUGAUAAGGUUGAUUAUAACCAUGUUGCUCAUGAUGUUGACGAUGAUUAUGAAGAUAUCCAUGAUGAUGAUGAUGAUGAUGUGUCGGUUGAUGAUGCAUCCGGUAUGAGCUCUUCAAGCGGAAACGGGCUCUCAUUAUCCGGGAGCGGUCACGGCGCAAGUGCUGGAAUAGACUCUUGGGGAUCUUGUUCAGGAACCGGAGGCAGUGGCGGGAGUGGCGGCAUCAACCCGAUGUUUCCGGUAGUUAGUGGAAGCGGUAAUGGCGACUGCAUGGGCCCGUUCUGUAUGGGCGCCAGAAAUGGCGGCAGUGGAGGAGCCAGAAGUGGCGGUGGGAUGAUGGGCGGACCCAGGGGACUGAGAGGUAAAUAUUGGCGUCCGUUCCUGUUGUUAUUGCUGGCCGGACACGAAAUUCGCCAUAGGUUGUCAAACUUUGACGUCAUCGAGCCACGCUUUGCAGCUGGGAGAGGCAUCUCCGGGGAACUAAUAUACGCAUGUCUGGCUUGCCAGACUAACACUAUCGAGCAGUCGAGUGACAUUGGCGACCAGCAGACGGCGCAGUUAGGCGCGGGAGAUUCCGGUCUGGAAGUUGGAUACACGGCGGGUCGCGGACUGCUCACGUAA